AUGGACAACUUCCAAUACAGACGGCCCCACAGACAACUGUGGAGCUAUGACUACGUUGCGGUGUACGACGGUCCCGACACCUCGGCGCCGCUGAUGGGUAAGUUCUGCGGCAGCACCAUCCCGGCCCCGAUGCAUUCCCACGGCAAUGCCUUAACCGUCAGAUUCGUCACCGACAACAGCGUCACUGAGACGGGCUUCAGACUUGUAUAUACAACUACAGACCAGCCGCCAGUGCACCCGUCUGGCUGUGGCGGUCCCAAGGAGCUGACCGCACCCUUUGGCGAAUUCUCCAGCAUGAACUUCCCAAACAGCUACGACAACAACGCGCGCUGCCAAUGGGAGAUAACUGUGAGGGCAGGGAAGAGGAUCUACCUCGUCUUUCCUGUCUUUGAACUUGAACCAGAGACACUCUGUCCUGGCACCAACGACUAUGUGGAAAUCUUCGACAACGACGUUUCUCAGGGUCGUUAUUGCGGCAACCUUAACCUGCACCUGCCGCCCAUCGUGUCCUCGUCCAACACGCUGAAGGUGGUGUUCUACAGCGACGGUCGUACCACCGCCACCGGCUUCGCAGCACAAAGAGAGGUCUACAUCAUGAGGGUCCUUGCUCUGGUGUUUCUGUGUUUCGGAGCCGCCGUUAGUCAGCCAGCUCAAUUUUGUUUGAGUAGCGAAUUUGAGUGUGACGACGGGGACUGUAUCCAGGCCAGCUGGCAAUGUGAUAAUUUCGAAGACUGCUGGGACGGCUCUGAUGAGCAAAACUGUGGAGGUGGCGGGCAGGGCUGCACCUCGGCUCAGUUCCAGUGCCUGAACGGCGGCUGUGUCUCCAGCUCCUGGGUCUGUGACGGCGACAACGACUGCGGCGACAUGAGCGACGAGCAGAACUGUAACGGCGGCUCCAACCCUCUGCAGAUCCAAUGCGGCGGGAUUCUGGACGACGUGGCGGGCACCUUCGGUCCCCAGUACUACGACAACAACCAGGACUGCAUCUGGACCAUCCAGGCCCCCGUCGGACACUUCGUGGAGAUGCAGUUCACCGCUUUCGACGUCGAGGAAGGCGGGGCGUCAUGCAGCUAUGACUACGUUGCCGUGUAUGACGGUCCCGACACCUCCGCGCCGCUGAUUGGUAAGUACUGCGGGAACACCAUCCCGGCCCCGAUCCACUCCCACACCAACGUGCUGACGGUCCGCUGGGUCACGGACAGCAGCGUGACUGAUGCCGGCUGGACCGCCGCCUACCUUACCUCAGACGUGCACCCCGUACACCCGUCUGGCUGCGGUGGACCCGAACUGCUGACUGAUCCGACCGGCAACUUCACCAGCAUGAACUACCCCAACAACUACGACAACAACGCUCGCUGCAAUUGGGAGAUCGAGGUUCAGGCUGGAAUGAGGAUCAACCUGAUCUUCACCCACUUCGACCUGGAAGCAGAAAGACUCUGUCCUGACCACAACGACUACGUGGAGAUCUUCCAGAACGACGUUACUCUGGGUCGCCAUUGUGGCAACAUCCAGCUGCCCCCGAUCACUUCCACCGGCAACACGCUGAAGGUGGUGUUCUACAGUGACUCCAUGACCACAGCCUCCGGCUUCUCAGCGCAGUACGUCACCAUUCCGUGAGAGACAACACGGAAGCAACAUGGGACGCCAUGACGAGCGAAGCUGUGCCGACUGUUGGAUCACAAACGCCUGAACGUGAACAGUAUUGGUGCACCGUUCUUGAAUAAAGAUAUUUUAA